GAAUAAUAUGUAAACCAGUUAACAUUCCAAAGAAAUCUAGGUGUCUAGCAGUACCACUACUUUUAUUGUAACCUGCCCAACGAAUGGGUUGCAAUAAAGUUGAUUCAACAGAACAGGCCAUUCACACAUCAUCUUCACAAUUCCCAAUUCCCACUUCCUCAACCCCCCUCCCCCAAUAACACUCAAACCCAACCAACACCUGAAGAUUUCAUCUCCAGGAACAACUCCAUUCAAGUACCCAGCCAACAAGUGACAAGAAACCACACAGUCUCCCCAAAUAGCCAAAAACGAAAGUCCUUCUCCAUCGCCCUCAAAUUCUCUCAGCACAUCAAGAAAAUUCCAGAGUUUCAUCGAACGUUCAUAUUGCAGAGCGAGAAACCCCACAGAAGAAAAUCCCUACUAACACAAUCUAAGCAAAGAAUAUGAUGCUCUAACUACAAAGCCCUAUCUUCUUUUUCAAGAACUCACAAUAAAAAGAACACCAUGAACUAUCAAGCAUUUGAUUGCUAUCCACUUUCUUACGAUUAGUCGAAAGAGAAAUAACAAGCUCAUAGGAAAACGAUAGAUACUUUGUGCAAUAUGAUGAGAGGACAAUCAAACUUCCCACAGACCCUCAUAGUGAAUAAGAUGAAAGAUCUAAAGAAACCAUCGACUUCAGUCUAUAAAUGGCACACGUCACCCGACCCAAAAUGUAAGAUUCCAAAAAAACAAUCAUCAUGAAUUCUCCCAACAAUGCAACCUCUGGCCACUAUUGCGAGAUAGACAGGUUCAGAUGCUUGAAAUGCGAGCACGAUGAUUACCGCCACCGAUACCGAUGCGAACGGCAUUUGCUUGGGGAUGCGUAUUGCAGAGAGACGAUCCCCAUGAUCACGCGAGAUCGAAAUGUGUUUUGUAAAGAGUGCGCGGAAGAUGAGGAUCUAGAAGCUGGUGGCCAGAGCCAUAUGUCAGCGGAACCAUCAGCAGUUCAUUUUGUGGACGUCAAUACCAAUAUCAUUCAAGAAGUAAUAGAGAUCCAGCCUGUAUCUACCGAUGCUUCGCAAUCAGAGGAUACUGUUGGGCCAGAUAUGCCAUCAGGAGGAUGGGGCGAGCCGGGAGGCAUAUCGCUUCAGAGAUUAAAUCUGCAAUCCUCAGCUCGUGUACCUCCAGACCAAGAUCUCGCGAUAGAGCCACUGGCGCCUCAAAAUUUCCUCACAGUACCGCCAUCAUCAACUCAUAUCAAUACGAAUACCGCACCGCCAUCAGCACCACCGACCACACCACCACCACCACCAAUACCAGCACCCCCACCAACACCACCCCCAACACCACCUUCAACACCGGAACCAGCAUCAGAAGAAACAACAAGACAGGCAGGAACAUGGGAGCGAUUGUACAGGCGGUGGUGCUGUUGGAGUUCAGAAUAAUCCCUCAAAUAAAGACAUUUUUGGCACCAGAAACAAAUGAAAAGACACAAAUAAUACCAUAUCAACUUAGACAUUAGGGAUUUGAUGACUUCUAUGGUAAUCACCUCAAUGCUUUAAAUUUAAACACGUGAAUGACGAAUGUGCCGCA